AAAGUCAAUAUAAUUCAUCAAACUGAAUGAAAUAAUAUUUACAUCGGACGCGGGACAAAACUUCUGCUAGGUUUUAGUCAAUGCUAAAAAGUAAAGUUUCGCAACAAUAUGGAAUUAUGCGCAAUACAACUAAAAUGGAAGUAACACGGUCAUUCCAACAGCAUUGUUGGUUUUAAGUUAUUGGAUUGGCCUAAGAAUUCUUCAACCAAAGUUCGUUCUCAAAACUGCCAAAUUUGAAGCUUUCUCUAUAAAUUAAAAUUAUUGUGUUCUGAGUCGGCGUACGAAGCAUGUCUACCACAAUUAAUAACAGUCGAGGCAGAGAUGGGGAAGGCCCGCAAGAGACUUUUGCGAUUCCGCAACUUCCAAUUCAACCGCCUCCACCCUACUUUGCCGUUUGCAAUCCAUUGGGCUCAUUGGCUCCUGUCCACCAGAACAGGCCCUCGGCGCCACCUUCAGCGCCAAACGGAGAUCGGCUUUGGAGCCACGACGGAACACACAGUCCUGGGCAAGUAAAUAGAAUUCAUUCCCAGGAUGGUAUUGACUAUGAAAGAGACGAGGGAGACAGACGGACCAGCAUUCUGCACCUCUACACUUUGGUGCUGGUCUUGCUUUUGGCCACCCUGACUUUGGUGGCCCUGUCCAAGCUGUUGCCGACCUCGCUGGCCAACCCACUGUACAACAUGCACUGGCUCUAUUAUGGGUCAGCCGCCGCCAUUGCAGCCUCCCUGAUCGUCCUUGCUGCCUGGCAGGCAUCACCCCAGUCCAGCCCCCUCAACGACUGUUUGAUGCUCGUCCUCUGGGGAAGUUUGACCAUCAAUCUGGUGCUCAUUGGGAACAACUACACCCUGAUCUCUGUUUACUUUGCCGGCUGCCUAACCCUCGUGACCUCAAUCGCCCUGACCCUGUUGGCCCUGCAGAUCAAGACGGAUUUGACUAAGAAAAGCUUUGAGCUACUUGUGAUUUUAAGCGGAGUUGCUGCUUUUGUGGUGGCAUUGACAGUUCUCCGAGGCGGUGAAGAAGCUGCUGUGGCCAUUUCUGCCACCUGGAUCAUCUCGGCAGUGCUCCUGAUGCCCUACUUGACUCAGUUCAUAGCUGGAGGCAAACAACUGAGCUUUCCGAUUGAGGACUUUGUCUUGGUGGGAGCUAUUCUAUUCACCCUCAUCAUUAGCUUCUUCCAGCACACCCUUUUACUUUUUCCCAAUUGAAUAACCAAUAAGAAUAAAAAAAAAUGAUGUACAUUUGCAACCGAAUUUGGAAACUUGACCAAUAAACCAGCUAUUUUGUUUUAAUUUCAAUAAA